UUUAUAAUUAUAGUCGCGGCUCUAGGCGUGAGACCCCGCAGUCGAGCCCGCGGAUUCGAAUGGAUUAAGUGUCCCACAAGCAUCUAAAGCAUCUCUAAUCGUUUUAAGAUGUGCUUAAUUCGCUAUGUGCUGUCAGCAGCACUGGUUGUCCAUUUGGCUACAUCGCUCGAAAACCCAUGCGUGACCAAAAACAUGACAAUUAUGUCUGGGUCGAGUUUCAAGAGUUUGGUCGAACCGGGAAACUGUGGUAGAGCCAAUGUUAACGAAUCUGAAUUCCGGACUGCUCCUAGUAUUAUCCUCCACAACUCAGGAUCUAAGACCAAGGACAAGUACACACUUAUGGUGAUGAGGGAAAAGAAAAAUAUCCAUGAUCAAUUUGAAUUGAUGUGGCUCCUGUCAAAUAUUUCGCCUCUUACCAACUCGCUAACAGCGAAUAAAACAAGGACUACAUUUUUUCCUUACACUCCCCUCACUGCCAAUGGUACUGGCAAAUAUUGGGUAUUGGCAUUCCUUCAAAACACUAAAAAUGGUCUCCUAUCUGUUGGCUUGAAAAGUACUGAGUACGCAAACUUUUGGCCGCAAAUCUGGAUACAAAGAAACAGCAAAUGGAUUCAAAAACUAGUCGGAGGUCUGGUGUUCACUGUGUAUCCAGCCAAAACGAAACCAAGGACUAGAUCUGCAAAUGGAACAGGCAUGAACUACACUAACAAUACUGAUGUUUUCCCUUCUUGGAUUAGCACAAAUGGACUGGGCAUGAACUACACUAAUAGCACAGCAUUUUUUUCUAAUUGGACAGGAACAGCCAAUGGAACUGGCAGGAACCAGACUAACAUGUACCCUAAUCACACGAAUCCAGUUUAUCCGGCUCCUGCGCCAAUGCCACCCCACGGCGGUGGAUAUAUUCCACAGCCUGUUCCACCCCAAGGAGGUAGCUACCCUUCACAACCAGUGCCACCACAUGGAGGUAGUUACUAUCCACCGCCACCGCCACCACAAGGUGGCGGUUAUUUCCCACCGCCAGUACCACCCCACAGUGGUGGCUACCCACCCCAACCGAAUCCGCCGCCUAAUACUGUCAUCCAUCACCAUUACGUCAAAGACAAGAAAAAGAAAGGCGGUGCUAGUGCAGUCACAGCCAUCCUACCUCUGGUCAUAGGGCUGGCUUGGGCCACUUAUCAACUCUAGGUCAUCUUAAUUCUCAUGUUUUUCAUUUUAUUUAUAUUAUAUGAUCAUCUACGGUUAUUUGUGUUAUACUGUGACAGAAAGUUCUUUUUUUUCAUAAUUUUUAUAAAGUGCAUUUGUAUAUAUUACAGUAUAUAACUAUAUUUGAAAUGUUCAUACAGAAAAAAUAAAAUAAAAUAAAACCGUUUA